ACAAUGUCCGUUCAUGUCCCACAUAAAACCCAGCAAACUGGAGGAAAAUAUCCGGGAAACGCUAAAUUCUCGAAUUCAAUAUGAUACUAACCCUAAAUCCCACGAUUCCCUUUUCCCCAAAAUCGUUUCCACGAUCUACUCUUCGUCUCUGUUCUUCAAAUUAUUAUGGAACGAAAAUCGUCACUUGCAAGCUGAGGACGCCUCAGGAUGGGAUAGCGAAGGCGAAGAGUGGAAGCGGAGAUAUCACUAAGAAGAUUCUUCUUUCGAAUUCUGCGCCGCCGGUGACGGAGGACGUCGGAGAAAGCGGCGGAGAUGGCGGUGGAGAGGAAUCCGGCGAUCGGCUUGUCAGGGGAGGUGGUAGUUUGGGGCUCUUGAAAAGGUUUCCGAGAAGGGUUUUAUCCGUUUUGUCUAAUUUGCCUUUGGCUAUCACAGAAAUGUUCUCCAUUGCUGCUCUCAUGGCUCUCGGCACUGUAAUCGAACAAGGCGAAACCCCUGAUUUCUAUUUCGAAAAGUAUCCAGAGGAUAGUCCUGUAUUAGGGUUCUUCACUUGGAGAUGGGUUCUCUCGCUUGGCUUGGAUCAUAUGUAUUCUUCUCCCAUUUUUCUCGGCAUGCUGGUUCUCUUAGCGGCUUCACUAAUGGCCUGCACUUACACAACCCAGAUACCUCUGGUUAAGGUGGCAAGGAGAUGGAGCUUUAUGAAGUCGGAUGAGGCAGUUAAAAAGCAGGAUUUCUCAGAUUCCCUUCCGAGGGCAUCCAUUCAAGACUUGGGCGUAAUCCUCAUGGGUUCUGGUUAUGAGGUGUUUAUGAAAGGUCCUUCAUUGUAUGCAUUUAGGGGCUUGGCUGGUAGAUUUGCUCCUAUUGGAGUACACUUGGCAAUGAUUCUGAUUAUGGUAGGGGGAACACUUAGUGCAACUGGAAGUUUUAGAGGCUCAGUGACAGUUCCUCAAGGACUAAACUUUGUCAUGGGUGAUGUCUUGGGCCCAACUGGAUUUCUCUCAAAUCCGACUGAAGCUUUCAAUACCGAAGUUCAUAUCAACCGGUUCUCCAUGGACUAUUACGAAAGCGGAGAGGUCUCGCAGUUUCACACCGAUCUUUCACUCCGUGAUCUUAACGGUAAAGAAGUGAUGAGAAAGACAAUAAGCGUAAACGACCCCUUAAGAUAUGGCGGGAUCACAAUAUACCAGACAGAUUGGAGUUUCUCGGCCUUGCAGGUUUCAAAGGACGGUGAAGGACCAUUCAACUUGCCUAUGGCACCUAUCAAGAUCAACGGCGAUAAAAAGUUGUUCGGGACCUUCUUACCAGUUGGUGAAACCGAUUCUUCCAAUGUCAAAGGAAUAUCAAUGCUAGCUCGGGAUCUACAAUCCAUUGUCCUAUACGAUACAGAAGGGAAAUUUUCCGGAGUAAGAAGACCAAACUCGAAGCUUCCCAUUGAGAUCGAUGGUAUGAAGAUCGUUAUUGAGGAUGCAAUCGGAAGCAGUGGUCUUGAGUUAAAGACUGACCCCGGAGUCCCGUUUGUGUAUGCUGGUUUUGGCGCUCUAAUGCUCACAACUUGCAUCAGUUACUUGUCUCAUUCACAGAUAUGGGCACUACAGAACGGAACAACAGUGACAGUUGGUGGAAGAACGAACCGAGCAAAGGCAGAAUUCCCGGACGAGAUGAAUCGUUUGCUCGAUCAAGUUCCCGAGCUGAUCGAGCAUUCUACGGAUGGUUAGUUAAGAUUAGAAGUUAGAUCUCAAGGAAGCAUUUUCAGACAAGAAACCAGGGAACAACAUGGGCCUCCAUCCGAUGAACAACAAAGGCAUCUCCUAUUGGGUUUUAUUUGGAGGCUAAUAUUAUACACAAGAGUUGUAUAAAGGAAGACAUCAUCAAGUAAUGUAUUGUCUCGUGUAUCUAUGCGCAAUUUUUUUUCCAUUUGUGAUUAUAACUUAGUGUUAUUCUUUUGGAAAAUAAAAAUAAAAAUUUCUA